AAGUGGGUAGAAGUGUGUAAAAUGAAAAAUACUACGGCAUUCGAAACGGAGAAGAAACUAAGGAAAUUAAUAGCUCGCUUUGAAUUGCCUAAAACGAUUUGUUCCGAUAAUGGACCGCAGUUAACGUCAAAAUUACUUCAACAGUUUUUUUAGAAGGAACGGUAUAGAGCACGUACUAAUUCCUCCUUAUAAUCCAAGCAGCAACGGAGCGGCAGAGAUAAUGGUGAAACUAUUUAAGAAUAGAUUGACCGCGGCAGUAGAAGAUCCUAGAAACAAAGAGGUGCCUAUUUCGACAUUAAUUUCACGCUUCUUAUUAACAUAUCAAAAUACGGAACAUAGUACAACCGGAAAGGCCCCAGCUCAGUUAAUGUUAGGCAGAGAGGUCCGCACGAGAUGGAAGCUGUUGAAAGAAUCCAGGGAAGUACAGACGGAGGAUAAUCUUCCAGAAAAAGUAAGAACGCCAGUAGCCGUACAGAAAAGAAAAUACGUAGGUCGAAAAAGACAGAGUGUAGUAGGUAGCAUAGUGUAUGUGAAGGAUUAUAGAAGAGAAGAUAAGGUCACAUGGACCGAGGCGGUAGUAGAAAAACAAAUAGGAAGAUCAGUAUACCUAUGUCGUUUAAAAAACGGACAAUUGUGGAAAAGACACAUGAAUCAAAUA